UCUAUGGUCGGAAUUAAACGACUGACCUUAUUUAUGUUGUACCAAAUUUAAAUGAAGGAUAGAAAGAACUACGAGCAACACUGAUUAAUACUAAUAUAUAUAUUUUAGGUAGUACCUACAGAGAAAAUGAAACGAUGCGAAAAUUUAUUCCCUAAUAAGCAGGGUUUUAUCAUUUUUGCUCUGUAUAUAAUUUUAUUUGUAUUUCAAGGUGUAUUUGUAACUGCAUCAAAAACAGAAAAUGGAGGCUAUGAUUAUAAUACAACCCUAGUUGUAUUCUUGUCAGAAUUACUAAAACUAAUAGUUUCUGCUAUCUUAUACACUCUAGGGAGGGAAAACAAACCACACAUUUUCAAAGCAAUCGCAAUAAAUUAUAAUUUGUUGUUGUUAUAUUUCAUUCCUUCUUUGUUAUAUUGCUUUUAUAACAAUUUGGCAUUUAUCAACUUAUCACAUUAUGAUCCUACUUCGUAUUAUAUUCUACUUCAGUUCAGGGUUGUUCUGACAGCAUUACUUUUUCAGUUUUUAUUUAAGAAAGAUUUGACAUUCAUACAAUGGAUAUCCUUGGGAAUUUUAACAAUAGGAUGCAUGAUCAAGAACUUUGAUGCAUCAACGGUGAACUCCAAAGAAGAUGGCAACGCUUGGUCACAAGUACUAAAUAUUUAUUUCUUAUCAAUAAAUUUUCAGAACUUUUGUUCUUGUUUAGCUGGUACAUUUAAUGAGUACUUAUUGAAGAAACAAGGAUCACACGUCAACAUAUUUUUACAGAAUGUUUUUAUGUAUUUAGACUCAGUUCUGUGUAAUUUUAUUGUAUUAUUAUUGAAAGGUGAAUUAGGGGCAAUAUUUGAAGAUUUCAAUUCUUUAUAUGACAUCUUUGUGAUCCUUAUAAUUGUGAAUAGUGCUAUAGUAGGGAUAGUAACGAGUUUCUUCUUAAAAAAAUUAAACUCUAUUUUAAAAACAUAUGCAAGCGCAUUAGAACUAAUAAUAACAGCUGUUGUGUGUUACAUACUUUUUAAUAUACCAAUUACAUGGUUUACCAUUGUUUCAAUUUGUUUAGUGAGUGUGGCUGUAGUUAUGUAUUUUAAAAAUCCAGUUAAUAAUGUAGUUUCUAAGUCGUUAGACGCAAAAGAUUCAACACUUUUAGAAGUCACCAGUGAUUAGUUCUUUCGAAGAACUAUUGAAUAUAAGAAAAUAAUCUCAAAAGAUAUGUACUGAUUAUAUUUAAUUUGUUAUGUUUUUAAAAAGGAUAAUUAUGUGAAGGAUGUAAUGAUCAUAAACUUUUUAUUGUCAAGUUAAAAGAUCUCAACAAUACAAAAGCAUAAAUUUAAAAUAAUCAACAAUGUUGACUUGACUAUGAUUAUAACUUGAUAUUAAAGUUUUUAAGAAAUUUGGCCAAAGAUGUAUGUUAAGUCCCUUCAUGAUAUAACAUAUAAUUAUUAAAACAAGUAUUUAAACACAAAGGAUAAUGUAAAAGUUAGGAUAUGACUUUUAUUUAUUUGUAAUUUAUAAGUUUUUGAUGAUAUGAAAAUCCAGGUUCACUCUUAGUUUAAAAGGAAGCAGUGUUUUCAAUAAAAUUUACAUAGAUGAUACUGAAAUCUCAGCAAUAUCUAUGUGGUGCAUUGUUAUUACACUGGUAGACAGCAUUUUUGCGCGUGGGCUGUGUAUAGCCUCAUUUUAUUGCUUCUAUAGCUAGGAAUAAAACUAAGAAGUAGUUUUAAAUUUCAUUGUGUGAAAAUAAUGCAAAAAAACAACUACAUAAAAAUACAACAAAUUUGGUUCUAAGAGAUGGUUUAUGAAAAUAACGAACGACAAUUUUUUUUUUUAACUUAAGUAGAAUUCAAGUGUAUAAAAAUCAACGGUUUUGCUUUUUACACGCUUUUUAUUAGCUUCACUUGUAUGUAUGUUUGUAACUGACUCCUUAAAGACGCGAUUAUGACCCACUUUAAACGGCCAGAUUUCAUUCAAACUUGUAGAU